AUGGCUACCCCUAGUGUCCUCGCUUUUGACGCUGAGGGUCGGGCCAUUGACUUUGACGUCUGGGUAGAUGACCUGCAACUUUUCCUACAGUGCGAUAGGGCAGACGGUCUCUCCCUCUUUGACCUCAAUUCUGGUGCCUCUCCUGCCCCUGCUGCUGAUGCCGACACCAAUAUUCGCUCACAUCAGUACAAGAGUGCUCAGACCUUGUACGACGCUGUAGUUGCACGCUACUCCUCCCCUGCCACUGCUGCACUAAGCCGCCUCAUACUACCGUACCUCUUCCCUGACCUUGCUGCCUUUCCCACAGUCGCUGACCUCAUUACGCACCUCCGCACUAGUGACACUCGCUAUCGCGCUGCGCUUCCGGCUGAGUUCUGCGCCAAGAACCCCCCCCUCCCCAGGUACAUCACCCUCUACUACAUAGUCACCCGGCUCCCUGACACCCUUCGCGUAGUGAGGGACCACUUCCUAUCAGUUUUCCCCACCACUCUCAUCGUUGACCUCCUCGAGAAGGCCCUCGUAGCAGCAGAGAAGAGCAUAGUAGCUGUAGGAGCCUCUCGUGGUGACCCUAACACCCCCAUCAUUGAGGGGUGUUCACCCUCCCCCCUUUUGCCCUCUUUUGCCUCUGCUGCUGCGGCCAACCUUGUUGGGCUUGAGUCGGUCAGUGCGGCAUCUACCCCUAGCGGGAGACGCCGCCCUGGCAAGGGCAAGGGGGGCAGGGGCGCUGGAGGAGCUAGCAGGGGCGGUGGAGGAGGCGGUGGAGGCGGUGGAGGGGGUGGGGGUGGCGGUGGGGGUGGUGGCGGGGGUGGAGGUGUCGGUGGCGGCAGUGGAGGCGGCGGCGGCGGUGGCGGUGGGAGCGGAGGUGGCGGAGGUGGCGGCAAUGGAGGAGGAGGUGGCAAAGGAGGUGGAGCUGGUCGGGGUGGCGCUGCGCAGAGGGUCGGCUCCGGUGGUGGUCAGCGCCAGCAGCAGCAGCAGCAGCAGCGCACUCGUGACAUCCCCCCCCCUCAGGAGCUUCGUGAGUGGUACGCUACACGCCAGCGGGGUGGGGGUACUGGUCCGUGCACCAACGUCCUCCGCACCGGCGACCGCGCAAUUGAGCAGUGCGGGGGUGCGCACUCCACCCAACGCUGCUUUGGCCGCCUGACGGACGCUUGGCGUCACCAGUUCCCGGAGGCCACUGAGAUCCCCCGCUGGGGCGAGCUUUCUAGGGCGGGAGUAGAUGUCUUUGACCUUGACUUUGAUGCUAUUCUUGCUGCCAUGUAUGCUGUGACUAUUAGGGAUGAGGGUGAUUGUUACCGGUGUUUUCCGCCCGACCCGGGCAUUGAGACUGCUGCUCUAGAUACUGGUGAGGCUGCUGCUCUAGGUGCUAGCGAGGCUGCUUCUCUAGGUGCUCGUGCGUCUGCUCCCUCAGGUGCUGGUGAGUCUGCUCUCACAGGUACUGUGUCGGCUUUGGCCUCACACACCUUCACCCUUGACUCGGGGGCUUCUCGCUCCUUCUUUCGAGACCGCACCACACUCACGCCGCUUGGCCGGCUAGUUGCAGUCUCUCUGGCAGACCCCUCUAGGGGUCCUGUCCUUGCUCACUACUCCACUGUCCUCCCGUGUCCGGCGGCCUCCUCUGGCACCCUGUCUGGUCUUUACCUCCCCUCGUUCUCUACGAACUUGGUGAGUGGUGCUAACCUACAGGAUGCGGGGGUUAACCAGUUCACUCCUGCGAGUCAGCGGGUGACCCACUGCACGGACGCUCGGACAGGCCGACACCUGGCCACGUUUACACGUCGGCCGAGGUCGAGCUUGUACACAUUGACCACUGCGUCUCCUUCAGUCACUGCGUCUGGUCAGCUAGCUGCGUCGGGUCAGGUGUUUGCAACAGCGUCCAGGGGCCUGGCCCUACCUACGUCCCCUGGUCACGAGCGCUACUUCCUGCUAGUGGUUGACGACUACUCCCGUUACACCACAGUCUUCCCCUUGCGCAGCAAGGGUGAUGUCACUGAGGUGUUGAUCGACUGGAUCCGCGCAACUCGUCUCCAGCUCAGGCAGAGCUUCGGCUUGGACUUUCCUGUUCUGCGUCUGCACUCUAACAGAGGCGGAGAGUUCUCCUCUGGCCUUUUGCGAGCCUACUGUCGUGCACGAGGCAUCCGCCAGACCUUCACGCUUCCGCACUCUCCACAGCAAAAUGGGAUUGCUGAGCGCCACAUUGGCAUGGUCAUGGAUGUCGCUCGUACGUCCAUGAUGCAUGCGGCUGCCCUCCAUUUUCUGUGGCCGUUUGCGGUUCGGUACGUGGCGCAUAAGAUCAACCUUCACCCCAGGGUCUCCAUGCCGGAGACCUCCCCAGCUUUGUUGUGGACGGGGAAGGUUGGCGAUGCGUCUACGUUCGGUGUCUGGGGAUCUCGAGCGUUUGUUCGCGACUUGUCCGCGGACAAGCUGUCCCCUCGUGCUGCUCCUUGCGUCUUCCUUGGCUUCCCCCCUAACGCGCCAGGGUGGCAGUUCACCACCCCACCUCUUGCCGUGCUCUGUCCUCCCAGGACGUCACGUGUGUCCCAGGUAGACGUAGUCGAGCCUGUCGAGGUUAUUGGUGACUCUGGUGCUGCUGAGGGUGCUGAGCCUGGGGGUGCUGACUCUGGGGGUGCUCAGCGUGUGGGUGCUACGCCUGGGGGUGCUGAGCCUGCAGGUGCUACUACUGGGGGUGCUGAGCCUGGGGGUGCUGCGAGUGGGGGUGCUGAGCCUGGGGGUGCUGAGCUUGGGGAUGCUACGCCUAGUGGUCCUGAGCUUGGGGGUACUACGCCUGGAGGUGCUGAGCCUGGGGGUGCGGAGCCUGAGGGAGUUGGGCCUGCUCGUGUGGCGUUUGGCGGUGCUGGGCCUAGAGGUUCUCCGGGUGCUUCGCGUACUUCUAGAGCUGGAGGUUCUUCGGCUGCUGAGGGUGAUGGUGCCGCGGGUUCCGUAGGUUCUCGUACUGGGAGUACUAGAGCUGCUGGGCUUGCGGGUAUGACUGGAGUUGGAGCUCCUGAGGGUGUUGGCGCUGAGGCUACUGCUGUCGGUCCUAGAGGCGGUCCUGCUGGGGGUGCUAGUGGUGCUGCUGGAGGUACUGGAGCUGGAGGUGCUCCUGGCGCUGGUGCUGCCGCUGGGGGUGCUAGUGCUGUCCCUGCAGUGUCUGGAGUCGCCGCGCGGCCUCGGCCGUACUUCGUUCCGCUCCUUCAGCAGGUUCUUGGUCUCCCGCCUUCUACUGGUCCUCCUCCUCCCUUAAAGUGUCCACAGCCUGUCCCAUCACAGUUACAGUUACAGCCGUCCUUCCCACUACCUGCUCCUUCUCCCUACUCUGGUCCUACUGGAGGUCUUGCUGAGCGUCGUGAGCCUGCAUCUCGCCCUGCGUCGCCUACCCGUCCUGCUCGCACUAGUGGUCAUGGUUCGCGUCAGCGUCCUCCUCCUGUCCCUGGCACGCACCGGAUGUCUCUACGUCCGUCCACUGCUCCUCUGCGUGCCCCUUUGCCUUCUCCUUUUGAGUCCUCUCUUCCUGCUCUUGCCGACCCGAAGUCGUACUCUCUUUGUGCUGCCAGUCCUACGGUUACGCGUCUCCUUGCUACUGUCGUCACUGACCCCUCCUUUGAGUCCACUGCUGCGUCUGCCCUAGUUGCUGAGCUCGUCGACUUUGCUGCUCGCUGUCGUCUAGACCACGCUGCUAGUCUUGUCACUGAGUCUGUCUGUCCUCCGUCCGUCGGGGGUGAGUGUGCCCUUGGCACGGACGUCCUUGAGGACAAGCAGGAGGAGUUCCAGUGUCUGGCUGCUUCUUCACCUCAUCUCGUGUCCGUAUUGCUUACCCCUGAGGGACACCCGGAUGCACUUGACAUCCCGACUCCGCGCUCUUACGUGGAGGCAAUAGAGGGUCCCUACUCCUCUCAGUGGCAGGCAGCUAUGGACGCAGAGAUGGCUUCCUGGAAGUCCACAGGCACCUACGUUGACGCUGUUCCCCCGCCUGGGGCGAACAUCGUCAGUGGCAUGUGGAUUUUCAGGGUGAAGCGGCCGCCGGGUUCUCCGCUUGUCUUCAAAGCACGUUACGUGGCUUGUGGCUUCAGUCAGCGGCAGGAAGUUGACUACUUUCAUACCUUCUCUCCCACCCCGAAGAUGACCACUCUUCGGGUACUGCUGCACAUAGCUGCUCACCGCGACUACGAGCUGCACUCUCUUGACUCCAGCACUGCUUUCUUGCAGGGCAGUGUGCACGAGGAGAUUUGGUUGCGUCGCCCACCUGGCUUCACUGGGUCUUUUCCCCCUGGCACCCAGUGGAGCCUCCGACGGCCAGUCUACGGUCUCCGCCAGGCGCCCCGUGAGUGGCACGACACACUGAGGACUACACUUGCGGCUCUUGGGUUUGCUCCUUCUACUGCCGACCGGUCGCUGUUUCUGCGCACCGACACUUCUUUGCCGCCGUUCUACAUCCUCGUGUACGUCGACGACUUGGUCUUUGCCACUGCUGACACUGCUAAACUCACCCACGUGAAGUCCGAGCUGCAGAAGAGACACACGUGCACAGACCUGGGUGAACUGCGCAGCUACCUUGGCUCGCAGAUCACCCGGGACAGAGCACGCCGCACCAUUACCCUGAGUCAGUCAGACAUGGUGCAGCAGGUCCUUCAGCGCUUCGGCUUCACGUACUCCUCGCCUCAGGCCACUCCUCUGCCUACUCGCCACUCGCUCUCAGCUCUGCCUUCGGAUGAGUCCGUAGAGUCGAGUGGCCCGUACCCAGAGCUUGUUGGCUGCCUCAUGUACCUGAUGACCUGCACACGACCUGACCUUGCAUACCCUCUUAGCAUUCUUGCACGCUAUGUUGCUCCUGGGAGACACAGACCGGAGCACAUGGCUGCAGCGAAGAGGAUGUGUGAGGCUGAGAUCUACGAAGGAGCCAUGGCUGCUCAGGAGCUUCGCUGGCUCACCUACCUGCUGACUGACCUAGGAGAGCUGCCUCGUUCUCCUCCAGUGCUGUACGUAGACAACAAGGCCAUGCUGGCCUUGUGUCGAGAGUAG